GACAACUAUGCUAGCUAACGCUGCGCGUCAUCACAACCAGUGUGGCUAUCUCAUUGUCAAACACAAAUAUGGCCCACUUUUCGCGAUCUAAAGACUAUUCGACUGCAGACCCGUGCAAGUGUAACUGUUGCGGAGUUGACAAUUCAUGACCGGACAAUAAUCACAAAUAUCUGGACUGCGGCUGCGUCUGACUGAACAGCAAACCUCGAAAGCCCCGGGGUGCAAGGUGCAAGCAACGUGAGUGGGCGAGCCCCUAAUGUUACCAUUUUAUAGCCUCAACUAGCUAACCUGAGGUUACGGCCUCGUUGUGAAUAUUUAAAAUAACCACUAUUAAGGACGAGUGUUUGCUGUCCAAAUAGUGUGAGCGAGAAAACACCGACAUAUCCGAUGACAAAGACGCCCGUUAGUCAAGCCCCUUGGCAGAGUAUGGGGGAGAACAAUCACGGCUCUCUCAAUGAGCUCGUGGAACCCGUGACCCGACUGAAACACCAACACGUUAGGUGCUCAACAGUGCCUGCCGGACAUGUCACCGGAGUUGUCCCUCAGUUAGUGGUGACAUGUGAACCAGCCCCCAGUCGACCUGAGCACAAGACCAUAAAGACUAGCGCCUUAUCGUUUAGCUCACACCCCGACGAGGAAUCCGUUUGUUCCGACAGUGGCAUCGGCGGAUCGCCCGCUCCAUCUCUCUUCUACCGCAAGCUGUCAAAUUCCUCCUCGACGGUGUUGUCACCUGCUUCGUCUUUUGAGGAAUAUGAUGAGGAUUUCAGUGAACCUUGCCCUGCAGUGACACACAACAAUCAGGCAGACGUCGGUUCAGACACCAAGAAUGAGCUCCUGAAGUCCAGGGCCAUGGUGAACGCCUCUCCUCUGCCGUCGCCUCUCAAAGCGGGGUCCCCGUGGGUGCAGGUGGUUGGCCAUGCAGGGAACUUCCGUGCGGGUGCGGACGGGAAGCUGCUGAAGAAGUUCUGUGCGUCGGAGCAGCGCUGCCUGCAGGAGCUGAUGGGGGACGCGCUGCGUGCGUACGUGCCCGGUUACUACGGCGUCACGCGGCAGGAGCGCCAGGACUACAACACCAUGGACAACCUGCUGGCCGGAUUCCACUCGCCCGCCAUCAUGGACUGCAAGAUGGGCUCCAGGACGUACCUGGAGGAGGACCUGCGUAAGGCGCGGGAGAGCCCUGAGCCGCGGAAGGACAUGUACGAGAAGAUGGUGGCGGUGGAGCCGUCGGCCCCCAGCGCUGAGGAGCGCGCGCAGCAGGCCGUGCUCAAGACGCGCUACAUGCAGUGGCGGGAGAGCCUCAGCUCCACCCACACACUCGGCUUCCGCAUCGAGGGCAUCCAGGUGGGUCAGAAGGCAGAUGGUACGUGUAACACAAACUUCAAGAAAACGAAAUGCAAGAAGCAAGUGGUGCAGGCUCUGGAGGACUUCAUGGACAAGAGUGCCCCCAUUCUGAGGAGUUACCUGAAGCGACUGGAAGAGUUGCGGCAGGUGCUUGAAAACUCGGACUUCUUCCGAUCACACGAGGUGGUGGGCAGCUCCCUGCUGUUCAUACACGACCGCACGGGUCGGGCCGGCGUGUGGAUGAUCGACUUCGGCAAGACGCGGCCCGUAGCUCCGCCCCUCACGCUGGACCACCGCACGCCGUGGCGGGAGGGCAACCGCGAGGACGGCUACCUCUGGGGCCUGGACAACUUCAUCACCAUGCUGACCAGCAUGCUGCCGGCCCUCACAGAGUGAGCAGGGCCCAGGAUGGGGGGG